AUUUCAUUUUGUUCGUCAAUCAUUAAAAAAUAAAAUACGUUCAAGUUUGAUGUUUCCGUAAAGUCUCGCACACACGAGAUGGUGGGAAAAUCUGUAAUGGCUGCGCCCCUGAAAAAAGUCGUGCGGGACAAACGCGGUCGUUUUACGUCGGAUAUAGUCAAAAAAGGGGAGAAGGAUGACAGCACAAAACGACAGAAGGGUAUUAGAAACAUCGUUGUCGAACAUAAUUACCCCAUUGGACAUUUUCACGACGAUAACAACAGAUGUGAAGAAUGUUGUCCGGGAAUAUCACGGUUAGUGAAUUCAAAAAAGAUAGAAACGGAAGAUUGGGGAAAGGGUAGGCGUGUUGUAGAAUUGAGAUGUUUGGUCGAUUCCUUAAGCCACUGUCUGUUCUGUAGGAUGGGACCGUUAUAUCUUGCGCAUGAAACUAUCAAAGGUGAAAUGAAGAUGGGACUGGGGGGGGGGGGGUAUUUGUAUAUACAGUGUAUUAACUGCGGGCAGCUGAAUACCAUCCCAUAUGGCAGUACAUACUCCGAGCCAUCGACAAGAGGACAGAGAAUGUUUUCAGUGAACACAAAGUUAGGUGCAGGUAUGUACUGUGUGUUUAUAAUUGAGAAAUUGUACAAUGUUAUUGUUUGCAUAUUCAAUUAUAUGUCACACCCACAGAAGGUUUGAAAUUUGCUGAAUAUGUUUUGUAGCAAUGAUUGACUCAAUUGGAGGCCCACAACGAGUCAAUAAUUUCCUUACAACGCUUGAUCUCCCAUCAAUAUCAAACAAAAAUCUCAAAGCCAUGGAACGACGAGCUGGGCAAAUAAUUGAAGAUUAUGCAGAGAAAAGUAUGGCCAUUGCAACUAAAGUAUCAUUUGACACUGAAAUGAGGUAUUUAAAGAACACGGAUUAUCCCCUGGUCAUCAUACACUGAAAUAUUCGGAGAAGAUGGACAUGGAAAGACAGAAGAGACAGGAAAGAUCAAAGUUGCCUGGAAAGAAGCGCCGUCGAUUGGAAUUGAAGCAGGAGAGAAUUACCCAAAAAGGAGCCAAUGAAGCAGCUGAAGGAGAUACAUAUCAAUCAGAAGUUGGACUUUCUGACCAAGUCGACAUCCAGACUAUUCCUGAUGCAGUUCCCAAACCAGGAUUCACCAAAGUCGACCACCUGAACGAAGUUCAAGAGAAUAGGGUCAUUAUCGACCUAGAAACUACAGGAUUGAUUCAGCGUGGACUAAUGCCUCAUAUCACACAGAUUGCUGCACAAGUUAUGGAUUCUGAUGCCGAGUUUUCAUAUUAUGUUUCACCUAAAGUACCCAUCAAUGAAAAUACUGAACAGAUAACUGGGAUAUCCUGGGAUGGUGAACACAUGACUGUGCACGGAAAGCAAGUGGCAACUGUAUCGAUAACAGAAGCACUUUCAAAAUUUUUAAUUUUUUUGAAGAACAUUAGCAAUGUUGUUUUGAUUGCACACAAUGGAAGAGUUUUUGACUUCCGUGUUCUAUCCUAUGCUAUAUGUAGAGUAGGAAUGAUGAAUGAAUUUUCAAAUCAUGUUUUAGCAUUUGUGGAUUCUUUGUCAUCAUUGCGUUCAAAAGUUCCAAAACUUGGUUCUUAUAAGCAAGAAUUUCUAGCAGAAUAUUUCUGUCAAGAAUCUUACAAUGCUCAUGAUGCAGUUGAUGAUGUUAAAAUGCUAGCUAAGAUUUUGUGUGCAAGUGGCAUGACAAAAGCAGAUUAUGUAAAACAUUCUUAUGCAUCAAAUUGUCAUUUUUUACAAGAAGAGUUCAAUCUUGUCAAGGCCAAAAAUAUUGGCACCCUACAUUGUCUUGUUGCCAGUGGUGUUCUCAAAUUAGCUACUGCAGAAAAUAUAGCAGGUUCUGGCCUAAAUCUACAACAUUUGAAACUUGUUUGGCAGAGAGAUGGUGAAGAUGGUCUGAGAAAUAUUUUUACUGCAAAAAAUUGUAUCGAGAAACCACGUGUUACCAAAGAUAAAAAGUUGUUGGGAAAUAUUAUUCCAAAGCUUUGUUCAUUUUUUGAACAGUAAAUUUGUCAUGUUUUAUAAGCAUGUUUUGUGUUUGACACAUGUAAAGUUGAUACAUUAGCUAUUUGGUCUUUAGAUGUGAAAAGUAAACUUUAUAUGAUAAUGAGC